CCUGGGAAAACCAUGAGAAACGUUCGUAAUGGCGGAAAGGGUAGAAAUUGUUAAAGUAUGUAUCGAAACAAGUUGUCCCUCAUCGCCGUGAGUGGAGAUAACGAGUAAAACAACGUUCAAAUUACGCUGUACGGAGAGUUCUCUUCGGAGACAUCAAUCGUUUUGUGAAAUUCGUCGUAUACUCGCCGCCACACAAUGAUGAAUCAUCGCAGACGUAGCAACAAUUUCACGUAUGUCAGUUCGUGCGUGAAGUACAUGAUCUUCAUGCUGAAUUUCGUCUUUUGGCUGUUUGGUGGACUGCUAAUCGGCGUAGGUCUCUAUGCAUUUGUGGAUAAAUGGCAGGCAACUGGCUCUGUCAGGGUGGAAAAUGUCUACGAUGUAGUCUUGAACAUUUCUCUUGUGAUGCUGAUAGCUGGUGGAGUAGUCUUUGUUGUUAGUUUUGCAGGAUGCGUAGGAGCUCUUCGUGAAAAUACAUGCCUUCUUAAAUUUUAUUCGCUAUGUCUUUUGGUGUUCUUCCUCUUGGAGAUGGGUGUGGCGAUCGUUGGUUUUGUAUUCCCGCACACAUUGCAAUCUCUUUUGGAAGAGUCAUUCACGGACAAAAUAAUUCAGACGUAUAGAGAAGAUCCAGAUCUGCAAAAUUUCAUCGAUUUUGGCCAACAAGAAUUCAAGUGUUGUGGUUUGAGUCAAGAAGGAUACUUAGAUUGGGGGAAGAAUGAAUAUUUUAAUUGCACCAGCCCUAGCGUAGAACGUUGCGGUGUACCGUUCUCUUGUUGCAUAAAUGCCACUGAUAUAUCCAGCGGACUUGUAAAUAUAAUGUGUGGCUACAAGGUCCAGAUGUUACCAGUGUCUGAAGCGAGUAAAAAGGUUUGGACCAGUGGAUGUAUCGAAAUUGUACGUAGCUGGGCGGAACGUAAUCUCUACACUAUAGCUGGCAUUGCUCUAGGCAUUGCGCUCAGCCAGCUCUUUGUGAUCUACCUUGCAAAAACGCUGGAGGGUCAGAUCGAGCUGCAGAAGUCCCGCUGGCAUUCCUGAGCUUGACUUCAGGCCACCUACCGUUACCAGAUACAUUCUGCAGCCAACAGGCAGGUGGCCAGUGGCGGACGAUCGCGCGGUUCGCAGGAGACAGAGACAAAUAUAAAUGCGCGAAUGGCAUUGCUCGUCCUUUUCGCGAUCUCUUUAUACAUACUGUGCAUUUUGUCCCUCAUCAAACUCGUCCUUUAUUUCAAGAAUUUCUUUCACAUGUACGUGAGUAAAGGAUAAUACAUCAUCGGCGGUCAAUAAGCCUUCUUCGUAAGCUAGAGGAUAUAUUCGUGAUAAAAGGUAUCGAUAAAAAUCUUGCAUAAAGAUUAUAUACACACGCGAGUGCAGAAUGGUGUCCUGUGCGUUUACAAUAGUAAAAGCUCUUUUUUUUUUAUACUCAGGAAAAUAUACCUUUUCGCUAUCUUAAUUAAUUGCAUGAUUCAAAUACUUUGCGCUUACAUCGAUGAGUUACGUGUCGUGCGAUCAUGUUCUUGUGAAUGUUGCACGGGACACGAUUAGUGCACUCGUCUGGUAACAUGCGACUGGUAAUUCGAAUUAAAGACAAAAGUGAGAGAGAUAUUUAAUUCCAUGAUAAAUUUUGUAAUAUGUAUUUCAUGAACAU